CAACAACUCGAGAAGAACCCUCCAAAGUUUGAAUCCUCAACAGGAAGAAAGAGAAGAGAAACAAAAUCAAAAGAAGGAGAAAGAAGACACGAAAAUGAGCGAAGAGAUCUCCACCACCGAUGCUUCAACGACAGAGGACGACUCUGCUUUGGCUCCCCCUUCACGGCCAGACUCUACCGCCGGAGGAUGGCGAUCUGUCAAAUACAUCCUCGGGAAUGAGUCGUUCGAGAAGUUGGCUUCAAUGGGUUUGAUUGGCAAUUUAACACUUUAUCUCCAAUCCAAAUACAACAUGGACGGAGUUCUCGUCGUCAACGUCUUCAGUGUCUGGUCUGGCUCUUCCAAUCUCACUCCUCUACUCGGCGCUUUCCUCUCCGAUGCAUACCUCGGCCGAUUCAAAACCCUUCUCUACGGCUCCAUCGCCUCCUUCCUGGGGAUGGCUACAAUGACACUAACAGCAUGGGCCCCCAAGCUGAGGCCUCCAAACUGCCCAGAAGGAUCUGAUUGCCAGCCCCCCAACGGUACUCAAUUAACAGCACUAUACAUUGGGCUAGCACUGCUUGCAAUCGGCGCCGGCGGAAUUCGACCCUGCAACAUCGCAUUCGGCGCCGAUCAAUUCGACACAAGAACUGAAAAGGGCAGAGCACUGCUGGCAAGCUUCUUCAACUGGUGGUACUUCUCUUUCACAGUGGCACUCGUUAUAGCUCUGACAGUCGUUGUCUACGUUCAGACUAACAUCAGCUGGGUGAUCGGUUUCGCAAUCCCAACUGUCUGCCUCUUCCUUUCAAUCUCGCUUUUCCUCGUCGGGAAACACACCUACAUCAUAAAAAAGCCACAGGGGAGCAUCUUUGUCGACAUGGCUAAGGUUGUCGUGGCUUGCUGCCGGAAAUGGAAUGUGAGUUUCGAUACGGCUCCGGAGCUGCUGUCUCUCCACGACCCGCCAAGCACUAUCGGGACGGAAGAAGAUCAGGAACCCAAGCUUCCCCAUACCGAAAGAUUCAAGAUUUUGGAUAAAGCUGCGAUGGUUAUCGAUAAAAGUACUGAAUUGGAUGAGUUUGGGAGGUCGGUAAAUCAAUGGAGACUCUGUAGCGUUCAACAAGUGGAGCAGUUGAAACUACUCGUUGGAGUUGUGCCCGUCUGGUUCACUGGGAUCGGUUGUUUCAUAUCGAUGGACCAAAUGAGCACUCUGGGGAUAAUGCAGGCUAUCCAAUGUGAUCACAGAGUAGGCAAUUUCGAGAUCCCUCCGGCGUGGAUGGGGCUCUCUUCAAUGAUCUGCCUCUCCAUUUGGAUUUUCAUUUAUGAACGGAUUUACCUCCCAAUCGCGAAACGGAAGUCAAAGAAGGAGGACAAAAGGAUGACGAUGAGGCAAAGAAUAAAUACCGGGAUUGUGAUGGCGAUUCUGUGUAUGGUGGUGGCGGCAACCGUGGAGAAGAAGAGAAGGAGCUUAGCUCUCAAGCAUGCCUCGUUCGUAUCCCCGUUGAGCAUAUUCGUGCUUUUGCCUCAAUUUGCAUUGUCGGGGCUGACCGAAGCAUUUGGUGCAAUUGCGGUGAUGGAGUUUUUGACUACCCAUUUGCCAGAAUCGAUGAGGACAAUUGCAGGGGCAGUGUUCUUUUUGAGCUUGUCGGUGGCGAGUUAUUUGAAUACGGUGUUGGUGAAUUUGAUACAUCAUGUUACGUCGGGGUACGGGCACCGACCAUGGUUGGGUGGGAGAGAUUUGAAUCAGGUUACGAUUGAUAAUUACUACCUUCUAAUUGCUGGGUUAGCGGUGGUGAAUUUGUUCUAUUUCAACUUCUUUUCUUGUCGGUAUCUCAAGUCGCCUGAUGCGAAGGUGAGUUGUGAUUUGGGGGAUGAAGAAGAUGGAUUGAGGAGGAGAUUAGGAGGAGAGUCAACAUAGAAGAGAAGAAGAUGAAAACAGUAACACAGUUUAUUUGUGGUCGCAUCAUUGAUUGUACUUGUAUAAGCCAGCUCGCUAUUCGCGUGUGAGCAACAACAUAAUAUUUUGUAGAGUAAUAAU